AUGGCGACCAUAGCCUCUGGAUUGCGCUCCCCGCCUACACCUCGCUCGGGAGCGACAUCACCGCGCCCCACGUUCGACGCCGAGUUGCUGAAGGCGUACAUGAAGAAGCUGGUGCAGUCGACCUUGCAGAAUGCGACAUGGCCUGAGCAGAAGGACCACGACCGAGUGAAGGCGUGGACGAAGGAGAUUGGCGAGCGGGUGAAGGAGCGAGCGAUUGGUGCCAAAUACAUUGUUAUGACACAACUACAGGAAAAUCUGGGCCAAGGCGGCAGGGCUGACAUGGCAUGUCAUUGGGAAGACUCGGACGCGGUCGCACGAGAGAUGUUCGUGAAUAAUUCUAUUGUCUGCACAUGUGUCGCCUUCGCCAUACGGACAAUAUGA